ACCAACCAACCCAUCCAAGUCAAACCAUUCAACUUCUUUCGACUCCAUCACACAGUGACCCACCAAUACCGCAACAAUGGCCUUCACUGCUUCCGACAUUUGCAAAAUCAUCUUUGCCGUCAUCUUCCCUCCUCUGGGUGUCUUCCUCGAGCGCGGCUGUGGUGUCGACCUGCUCAUCAACAUUGCCCUGACCAUCCUGGGUUUCAUCCCCGGUAUCAUCCACGCCCUCUACAUCAUCCUCAAGUACUAGACGGCAUUCAUCAGCACACUCUGCUGCGAUACACCACACCAUGAUUGACGCAUAAUACCACGGGUCGUGAGGACGGCCUCGAAACGACGACGACGACGACGACACAUUGAGAGUAACAACCCCCUCUCUAAUAACCUGCUCUCAAUUCUGUUCUGCCUGUACACGGGGGAAAUCUUCUAUGUUUUGUCAUUUGCAUGAAGGCGUCAUAGGGGCGGGCGCGGGAAGUGGCACUUGGAUUUCUACUUAGUAUACUUCGAUACCCAUAAAUCCGACAACACGUCACCACCGCCAAGCUG